AUGGGGAUACAGCAUCUUCUGCUUCUUUUGAUUUACUUGGACCCGCUGAAUGUACUGUGCGCGGCUACAGCCAACAAGAAGAAAAACGCUCCAAAGCGGAAUCAGAAGAUGAAGGAGGUGAACGGCACGGAGGCGCCUACUGCGGUUCCGCGGCGAAACACUCAGGUCCAGGCACCUUCGAUCGCUACCCAUGACACGUGCCUGGGCUACUAUGACGUGAGCGGAGCGUACGAUAAAGUGUUCGAGUGCAACAACACCGAGCACCGCUACUGUUGUGGAAGUUGUUUCCUGCGCUAUUGCUGUGCAGAAAAAGGGAAACGCAUAGAACAGAAAACUUGCACAAAUUAUAACACCCCAGAUUGGAUCAAAACGCAGCCUCCCUCCCCGGCACCAACAGGUGACACUUACGACCCUGACUUGGAUCAGACUAACACAACGGUAUACAUCACCUGUGGUGUCAUAGCUUUUAUCAUACUCAUCGGAGUUUCUGCAAAAGUUGCCUACGACAAAGCAACCAAGCCCCCUCAGGAAAUGAAUGUCCAUAGAGCCCUUGCAGACAUUUUGAGGCAACAAGGACUAAAUAAGGAGAAUGAAAAUAUUGCAGCGUUGGAGGGUUCACCCAAAGACAUAGACACACCUCUCCGAACGUCCAAGAACCAUUACACCCCAGUUCACACCAUGCUAGCAAACCACGGGCACUACGGGAAAGAGAACUUCCGCCAAGGCCAACUUGAUCAUAACUUCAUCUCCUCUGGAUUCGUGACACUGGGACGACCGCACCUAAAAGAGAAGCCCCAGCGCAUGAACAACAUCCUAACCUCGCAGACAGAGCCGUACGACCUGGACAUGUCCUUCUCACGCUCUUUCCAGAACCUCACCCACCUGCCUCCCAACUACGAGCUGGCGGCAAUGAGCAAAGCUGACUUAAGUAAAUACUCCUCUCUCCACAAAUUAAGUGAUAAGGACAUAGAUGAGUACUACACGCGGAAGCGACACCAAGACUUGGCAGGUCGGCAGAUUCUGCAGCCGCCACACAUGGUGAAGCUGAACACAGAGCCCCACCAGCAGCACCGUCAGCGGCCUCACCGUGUCCAGAGGACCAUGUCCCAGGACCAUGUGCUGUCCCCAGAGAGGACCCCACGUCAUGGCUACGGCCUCUCAGCCUACAACAUGGGCAUCUCUUCCUACGGCAGCCGCAUUCUCUCAGAGGAGCAGCUGCUCUCCGCAGACCGCCUCCAGUCCCAGGACCCCCUGCUCUCGCCGGACAAGAUGCUGUCACUGCGGCGCUCCAACUUCCGGGAGAAGGCCAUGUCGCGGGCCAUGUCCCAUGUAGACAUCAACUUUGUGCCCACUACACCUGUCAUGGACCGCAGUGAGCGCUACGCUAAGAUGCAAAAGAUGCACUCUCAUCCCACUACCAUCAACGACUCAUACAACACACUCACCGUCAACCACCCAACCACCAACAAGAGGCAGCAGUUUGCCUCACGACGGACACACACGGUGGACCAUCUACAGUACAUCCCAGGCCACCAGCACAACAACCAGUACCGCACGGCCAGUAAGAACGAGGUAACUGUUUAA